AUGACGACGAUGGAACGAGAACACGAACACGAACGAGAACAGCGAAAGGAAAGGAACAGCAACCAUGGUGCCCUUUGGGGAGGUGGUGGUGUUCGAUCGUCGUCGUCGUCUCGCUUUAAAAGCGAGCGCUUUGAUUCUCAAAAAAGUGUUCCAAAAAUAGACGACGACGAGGACGGACGCAAAGUCGUUCCAAACGAAGAAGAAGACAAAGAGGAAGAAGACAAAGAACGAGAAGAAGACAAAGAGGAGGAAAAGACACAACAACAACAAAGUAGGUUAUUCGUCCCGGACGAGGAGAAAGCGAGAAGUCAAAAGCGCGAUUGGCAGGACGGCAUCGCCGGUCGUUCGUUAGCCGAGAGCGGGUAUCAAAACGUGGAGAGGAGGAAAGUGUUGGAACCGCCGAGGAAGAACCACGGGAUAUUUCCAGGGGCGAGACUGCCGAGAGACGAACCGUUCUUCGAGGAGGAAGAGAAAGUGUCUUCGUCCUCCUCUUCUUCUUCUUCGACGAUAAAGCGACUCGAUAGACUUCCGCAGUACAUGAGCGAAAUCGAACGGUUCCGUAAAAUCGAUUUAGCGGAGGAACAAAAGCGCGAGCGCGAAACGCUUCGCGCCAAACGCGACCAACGAGAUCACUCGCGACGUCAACGAAACUUAGAACGAGAGAAAUUAAAUAAAGAGAAAGAAAGACUCGCGCAGGAAACGGAAGAAAACCGUUUACAAUUUAAGCGAACGUACGUUGGCAACCGUCCGAACAAGUCCGGCUGCGGAUGGGAUCCGGUGAACAUGAAGCUCAACGAAGCGCGCGUCCGCAAGGAGGAUUUGAAAGAAGAAGAGAGGAUGCGAAUGAAACGGGAAAUGGUGGAGAAGAGGACGCACAGCGAGUCGUUCGAUAUCGUCACGCAUUUAGAGAAACGAGGAAUGUCAUCGUGCGCUGCUUUUGCGAAAGAAAAAACGACGACGACGAGAGAAGUAUCACCGGUUAAAACGGGCGGCGCGGAAAAUUUUAAUGACUUUGUUGGCAUCUGA